AUGGAUGUAUAUGUAAAAGGAAUUCCUAACUUAUUAUUUGCUGUUUCUUUUUUAUUUUCAAAAACCUGUCACAUAAUGGAUUAAUUCAGGUUGAAUCCUAUUAGAUAAAACAUGGAAAGAACUCAUUAAGGACCUUAUUUUGCUUAACCGUCGACUGAUCAAGCUAUUGAAGCCACUAAAGAUUUUGGAUAUGCCUAAAUCGCCUACCCCUAAAAAUCAAUUAAUCAAACUAAAAUCUGCUAAGGUCUAUGAACUGCUUCUCCAUUAAAUUAUUUGAAGAAGAAAAUAUCAUUGCCAUUGCCUAAUUUAAUCAAUGCAAUACUGCACCAGGAAGAACCUAUGAAAUAAAUAGUGACGCGAAGAUUUUAAAGGGAUUCAAUACAUUAAACAAUAUACUGAAGGAUUCUAUUCAUAUGAUUAUUGGAUACCAAAUUUCGAACAUUAUUAGAUGCGAUGGAUCCUUCCAUUGCCAAACUAAUUCAUAUGAUUAAAAGGAUGGUUCAACCUUGACAAGAGAUUUCCUCAUUUUGAAUUCAAAUUGA